UACUUCAGCCUUGAAGCGGGGAGGCAGAAAGGUGGAGUUUGUGUAGCACACAAAAUAAAACCUGACUUGCAGGUUGGAGAAAGCACAUUCAUAAUGUCCUCCACUAUGUGCUCCUUAACUGUCCUAAAUAUCAUUGUGCUGAAGUUCAGUGCACAUAAACACGGACAAUAGAGUAGCAAGGACAUUGUGCAAUUCGUCAAGGGGGUAAAACCUCCUAGUUUCACAUUACAGAUAACAACCUAGGGCCAGAAAAGCUUCAGACCUGAGGAGGAACAAGACAGGGACACAACCAUUCAGAUGGAAAUGGAGGAGGGCCAGAACAAUUCUCAGACAGGGGCGAAGAAAUAUCAGAUCUACAAAAUGACGGCUGCCGAUCCGCAGACACAAAGAAGGGUGGUGUCCAAGGAUGGGCAUAACAAUGUGAGGAUUGACAAUGUCGAGGGCAUGGUUAAGCUGUACCUCCAUGACAUCUGGACCACCGUCGUAGACAUGAAAUGGCGUUACAAACUCACGCUGUUCUCCUCCACGUUCGUGAUGACCUGGUUCAUCUUUGGCGUUUUUUUCUUCUUCAUCGGGAUGGGGAACGGCGACUUUGAUCCCGAGCGGUCCUUCAACCACACGCCCUGCGUGAUGAAUGUGGAGACGCUGACCGGCGCCUUCCUCUUCUCCCUGGAGUCUCAGACCACUAUUGGGUAUGGCUUCCGCUACAUCUCAGAGGAGUGUCCCCUGGCCAUCUUCACGCUGGUGGCCCAGCUGGUCAUCACAGGCCUGGCUGAGAUAUUUGUCACGGGGGCCUUCCUGGCCAAGCUGGCCCGUCCCAAGAAGAGGGCGGAGACCAUCAAGUUCAGCCACUCGGCGGUGAUCUGCCAGCACGAGGGCAAGCUCUGCCUCAUGGUGCGGGUGGCCAACAUGAGGAAGAGCCUGCUGAUCCAGUGUCAGCUGUCCGGCAAGCUGCUCUUCCCCUACGAGACCCAGGAGGGCGAGAAGACCCUGAUCAGCCAGACUGAGGUGGACUUCCAGCUGGACUCCAGCGGCGACUGCCCCUUCCUCAUCCUGCCGCUUGUGUUCUACCAUGUGAUCGACGAGGCCAGCCCCCUGUGUGGCCUCACGGCUGAGAAUCUGCGCACCAGAGACUUUGAGCUGGUGGUGACCCUCAACGCCACCAUGGAGUCCACUGCCGCAACCUGCCAGAGCCGCACGUCCUACAUCCCCCAGGAGAUCAUCUGGGGCUACGAGUUCAAGCCUGUGCUGUUCAGCUCCCCCAGCGGAAAGUAUGUGGCCGACUUCAAUUAUUUUGACGAGGUGCGGCCCUGCACCGACCCCGCCCUUUUCUGCAACAACACCGAGAAGCUCCGGUUGGAAGAGGAGUACAGGAAGGAGCAAAGUGACUGAAAACAGACCAGCACACACUGUAUGUGACUUCUGUGCCAUUUUAUCACCAGAUUGUGAAAAA